CUGUAGACCACAGAUGCAUGGUUUUAUUUUAAGAGCACCAAAACUAGCUAGCUAUAGCUAGUUGUACACUCAUUUCUAUAGCUCUGAAUUCUGAUCUGUGACUAAACACUAGUACUAAGAACUAAGACUGACUGUGAUUGAGAAGAGUGCUGACAUGGAUCAGUUUAACUGGUUUGGUGGCAUGAAUUCAGGACGUUCUGAAUGGAGUUAUUGUCCAACUCAGUUCAAUUCCUACAGUUUUGCUCGUGAGGGUGACACCUACCCUAACCCGUCUACAAGGCAAGAUUCAGUGUCCAGCUGUAUCACCUAUCAUGUAAAAAUCAUUAAUCCAAGGAAGAAAAGUGACUUUAUUGUGCGUUUGUGGCAUGGUGUAACUGAAACAUUUAUGUCACCAUCAACACUGCGAGCAAGGCUACAAGAAUCAUUUCCAUAUGAUGUGCCUGGCACCACAACUUUUCAGUUGGGUUAUCUUGAAGGCAACACAAAGCGGUGGGUAGUCGAAGAGAAGGAUCUGGACGUUAUGUAUGGUACUUUAGGGCAAAAUUCUAAAAUAACUUUGUGGUGUGAUGCUAAGAUUGAAGUGGAUGAUGAGCCAGCUAAAAAAAAGAGGAAACGUGAUGAAACUAAUCCGGGACCUAGCUGCUCUGACUCUUGCAAGGUGGAUUCUGUUGAUCUUAUUUUCAAAGAAUUGAAAAAGAAACACCCUGACAUGCAUUGUCCUAAACUAAGAUUGUGGGCUAAGAUGAUAGAUAAAGGACGCCAUGAUGAUUACGACAACCCCCCACAAAUUCCACUUAUUACUGGAUCAACUGUUCCUGCAAAGAAGAAAUCUGGUAAUGUGGCAGAUGCACUGGCUAGUGCAGCCACAGCAAUUGCUAAUGCAUUUCAGGCACCGAGUACACCACAAAAGAGAGGUAGUAAUACAACUGAUGUGUCUGCAGGUGCCAAAUUCUCACCCAUGAGGAGUGCAAAGCUUAGGAGGAGCUGUUUAGAUGACUUAAAAUUGUUGAAAGACCUAUUACAAGAGAAUGUGUUAAGUGAGGCUGAGUUCUCUGAGCAAAAAGAGAAUAUCCUACGCACUCUUAAAGAAAUUCAUGAUUAACGUCCAGCAAUAAUUAUUAUUAUCUAUUAUAGUACGGUACAAUUACUAGUACAAUGUAUGGUACAAUUACAGCGAGACUAUCGUGUUCGAUAUUGUAUAAUAUUC